ACCUCCUUGUUCUCAAUGUCGGUCGCGCAAAGUAAGCAUCCGUUCAAUGUUUGCUUUUUACCUCGCGGCAAUUCUCAGUGGUUAAGUCAUUUUAGGUUCGCUGCGAUCGUAAAAAGUACACUUGUGGGAACUGCGAGAGGCUAAAGCAUGCAUGCUCCUAUGAGAGAGAUAACCCAUCCCCCGGACGCCCGAUGAAUGACGGUGGCCAUCCCGGGAGACGUCGUGGAACUCGGGCGUGCAUCAAUUGUCGUCUUCAAAAAGCCCGAUGUUCAGGUGAGACGCCACAAUGCAAUAAGUGCCAGCGACGCCAUUUGGAAUGCCACUAUCCAGCCUUGAGAAGAGCCCGCCAAUUUUAUCAAGGCCGAGAUGGAAAAUUGGCAGUCACGUCUCCCAAUCGCUUGGUUUCCCUUACUGAGCUUCAGCAAGGGCUGUAUGGCAGUCCUUAUGAUCGUAUUAUCGUUGAUCGGGCCGCUGAUUUCUAUCAGAGUUUACCCUGUAAAGGAUAGCGCGGAGUUAGAUGGAGUCCUUGAUGACUAUUUCUUGCACUUGUAUCCCUUGCCCUCCUACAGCUUCCUUCACGAACCCUCUAUUCGGCGAAUGUGUGCUGGUCGGACGCUCGAGCCAAGCCUCGUGUUAUCUAUGUGCGCCUUGGUCAAACUGAGAUGUAGGCCAACUGGAUCUCAGCCUUCCGAAAGCGUAUUAUUGAUCGAACUUUCGGAAAAGAGGAUCUGGGAUAUGAUCGAGACGCCUUCUAUAUUCAGAUUACAGGCACUGUUCUUGAUAAUCCAGUAUCAUGCUGAAGUUGGCAGGUUUGAAAGAGCUUUCAUGAUGGCUUCCAUCGCCAGCCGUCAUGUUACUGCUCUCCAGCUGAACCACGAGAGUCCACACCUCAGCUUUGUCACCCAGGAGAUUCGACGAAGAGCUGCCUGGACGAUGGCACUCCUUGAUGGGUACUUUUCUGUAGGCCUUCCUGGCUACAGUACGAUAAAUUAUGAAGAGAUUUAUCAGCAAUACCCAUGUCGUGAAGAGGAAUUUGGCUCAAGGGAUUCUGACACCAUAGAGGGCCCUUCCACCACUCGGGGUGAAGAUAAAGCUCACUCCAGCAUGCUGGAGCUGAUAUUGCGUAUCUCCAGAGUGCGCAGAGAUAUCAUGCGCUUCACCAGGCAGUUGGCCCUGCUGGAGCAGCCUCUCGAAGAGUUUCAGGGCAUUGUGCAAGGAUUUCAAAUGAAUCUCGCUCAUCUUCAGGAGAAAAUAGUGUCCGUGGUGGGUUCUUCAGCCACUGGGUCCAUAAUCCGGCCAAAUUUCCGGUGGGUUGUGAGAGCCUUAGAAAUUCAAAUCGCUUGGCGUCAGGCGCACUGUGACUUGUUUCGCCUCUUCCUCCUCGGACAUCCCAAUGCGGCCCCUGAUGUGGUAUUGCGUCCCUUGGGAUCAAGUACCUAUGCCAGUCAAGCCCAGGCAAUAUGUCAAGAACACAGUGGCUGGAUCGUAGAAACCAUAUCGCAAGUUCGAAAUAAUGAUCUCCGGGUGCUCCUCUCAUUCGAUAUUGCGAGAUGUGCUUAUCAGGCUGCACGCCUCAAUCUCUUUCUCGCUCAUAUGCCAAAUGCGCGGUCGCAGCUAACCUCUGACUCUGCCGUUUCUAAUGCUGCAGCAUGUCUAGCUUUUAUCAAGGAGAAAUUCGCAUCGUCUGCUCAUGCUCAACGAAUGAUCUCAGACCUUAGUCUGUUGAUCGGAGCCUACGAGACGCGCGAUGGCCAUUUUGGAGCGGCGAUGGCGCUUGAUUCGUUGCGGUUUUCUGGGGAUGCACUUGAAAAGCACAAACAACUAUCGGCACACAGCCUCAUCCAUCAGGCUAACUUCGUGGAUGACAGCUAUCUCUAUGAAUUGUGAUGAUCUUCUAUCUGAGCGCGUGAAUGUGA